UGACGGGUUUCCACGGCAAAAUCCAAACGCCAAAUUUGAUUGCAAUAUUAUUCGUGGCCUCAUCGUUAAGACUCUCGAAGGAACUGGCAGGUGCUUAUAUUAUAAAUUCUCAAGAUAAACACGAAGAUUGGAGGUAGAAUAGAGAAACAACAUUGGAUGGAUCAACAAACAUUGCGUCGUUGACGAGAAAGCCAUUUCGAUGCCAACACGAACGAUCGAAUGACAGUUACGAUGUUUCAAGAAAUGUUGUUCGGGGUAAAUUUAAUCGAAGAAACACUUCUAAUUUGGUGAGGAACCUUUUUCCCCUUCGUUAAAACAUCAGUCUGAUUAUCCUAUCAAAGGAUUUGCACGACUGGAAGAAUCAACUAAUGACCUAACAAGAGGACCUUCGAGUAACUAGGCAUUUGUUUACAACCGACAAUAACGCAACAAUUAAUUGUAUUUAUGUAUGGCUUGUACGUGGUUAUCUAGGCAAUCAGCAAAGUCAUUUCCAAUUCAUUAAUCUUUGAUGAGUUGAAUAUUCUUUACUUUUUGUUGAAGAAGGUCAUAGCAAGAUGUCUUCUCGUGCUGGGGGUCGAAAUGCCAGCACCAGCUCAUCUUCAGACGUGAUGAACUCCUUGACUGCAAGUCGUGUUGCUGCGACGUACUUCGAUAAAAUAGAACGCUAUGAGCUGCAAGAGAGUCUUGCUUAUUAUUCUAGUGACUGGCUCUUGUCGACCGAGGAUACAAAGAUAAGUGUGGACCCCCCAGUAGGGUUGAUAUCUGGAAUACAAAUAUCCAGUAACUUAGACAAUUGUUUGGUACUCAUACCACACGAGGAGGGAAUAGAGCCCUUGGAACUCAGAGAAAUGCAUCAAAUCGUUAGAGAAUUAGUCAUGGGAAUUUAUGUAUUGAAUCAGACUCCUUCUAUUUGUCUGGAGGCGAAUUAUGAUUGUAGUACUUCAUGUCAAAUCCCUCCAGCAUACUAUGACACCAGAGUGGGUCAGAUCAUGGUUGAGGUAGACUACAUGAUGAAAAGCCUGUGGCAUGGAGCUUACUUUCCUAAGGAUAAAAGAACAAAGUUUGUGGAGCGUUGGAGGCAGGCUGUGAAUUUAAACACCAUGACUGGAGUCCCUGAGACUCGGCGAAGUCUGGAAUUGGUUUGGACAGAGGCUGGUAUUCAAGAUCUCUCCAAGGACCCAGAGUUUACAAAAGCAUAUGAGAGUCUUCCAGUUGACAACAAAGAUGAUCUAACUGUUGCUGAAGAACGGAAGAACUUUAUGAAGAAUGUUGAUGAUUUGGCUUUGAAAAUGACUUUCAAACAGAAGACAAUUAAUCAGCACCAGAACAUGUUUCUGUUGGACUCUGAUUAUCACAUAAGUAGUGUGGUGAGGUCUGACAAGCUAGACCAGCAAAGUUAUGAAAAACUUCAAAGAAGACUAACCAUUCAUCAGGAAUUCAUCAGAAAAUAUCUUCCAUUAAAAGCAGAGAUACACUGCUUGUUAGUCUUGUUGAAAUUCAUUAGCUUCAUGGUGCCAUUCUUAGUCGCAAUCAAGAAACGUUGCAAAGUCCCUGACGUAACAAAGCUCCUUCCUUCUUUCACUUUUGAAGAAUGCAAGACUGAAAGAGAAUUCCCACCAUUGAUGUUGAGGAAGGAAUUCACAUGCAAAAAUUUUGACAGUUCUGAGAAGUAUUUCCAUCUUCAUGGAGGUAUAUAUUUUGACAGGGAGACUGGAAGCACACAGAAAAUCAAUGAACAAAUAAUUGCCCAGAAAGAGCACUUGGAAUAUACCGCCUCAGAUGACUAUAAUAAAAUAAUAACCAGUGAUACUGUGAUGUUGGAGAGCUAUCCAAUCAAACCUAUAAAGAUUGACAACAAGAGUUACUAUGUCUUAAAUAUCAGCUUGGAGACGUAUUAUCCAUCAUCACCAAAGCAUCCUCUGUGGAUUCAUGCUCAUUAUGAUGAAAUUUCCAAACUGAAGCCCAAGAGGCUACCCAUUCCUGAGCUCCAGAUUCACGAGCAGUAUAAAAAAAGAUAUGGGUACCAGAGAACUGUCAAGCUAAAACAAAUUCCUGCUGGCUUACAGGCAAGUGCAAUCAGAGGGCUAGUGGCUAUAUUUUAUACCAUGUGUCGUAAGCUCCCRCCCUCCAGGCUGAAUACACAAGAUUCCAAUGGGUUAUCUUUGAUCCACCAUGCCGCAAUGUUCAACAGACCACAAAUGAUUACCAUGUUGGUUGUUAUGGGAUUUGAUGUCAAUGUACGCCGUUACAACAACAUCUCAUCUCAGGGAGUCAGCCCUCUUCACCUUGCAGCAAGGUGUGGAGCUUUGGAUAGUCUCACAUGUUUGAUUGCAUACAGGGCAGAUGUCUCUAUCUUUGAUGAUCAAGGCUGGGCACCUAUUCAUUAUGCUGCAUACUAUAACCAUGUAGAUUGCCUAAUGCAUCUAGUGCACAAAGAGCCAAAACUUCUUGAGAUAACUUCUACUGAUGAUACCCUGUCCACUCCUAUACUUCUUGCAGCAUCAAGUGGAGCAUUAGAUGUCAUAAAGUGUCUCAUUGAUGCCAAAGCAUGUUACACUGUUACCAAUUGCCAAGGCAAUGGAGUUGUUCACCUUGCCGCUCUUCACUUUCAUACUAAUGUCUUAGAGUACUUCAUUGAAUGGAGUAAUCAAGAGCUCCCUGUAUGGGAUAUCCUGGUAGGAAUGCUCAAAUCAGAAGAUCUCAGCCGCAAGGAAAGUGCUAUCAAAUGCAUGGAGGUCUUAUCCGUUGCCAAGGAGACAAACUGGAAGUCUAUCCUUUAUGCUGGUGGCAUACCUGCACUUGUUGCUCUUCUCAAGAUUGAGAAUGAAGACCUGCAAUCACUUGCAUGUUCUGUUCUCUGCAACAUUGGCAGCCAUAUAGAGGUGAGGGUUGCUGUGUCGGCAACUGAUGCAACUGGGGUUAUUGUGCAGCUCUUGAGUUCUCCUAAUGUAAUGAUCCACUCAAGAGCUUCAGUGGUGAUUGCUGACUUGGCUUGUGUCGACAAUAACCAGGACAAGAUUGCAGAGCAAGGUGGUGUUGAAGCUCUUGUUAGUUUAUUGGAAUCAAAAGUGGAGCAUGUGUUGGUUAAUACUGUCAAUGCCAUUCGUGUUCUGGUGGAAGAACACAAGAACAAUCAAACCACAGUUGCAAACAGUGAUGCAGUUGAAAUUCUUAUAGAUCUUCUUGGAACAUAUUCAAAGAGACUUCAAGCCAACACUGCAGCCUGUCUCAGUGCACUAGUCAAGCAUCACCAUGAGAACCAAAAUCUAGUUAUUGCAAAGGGGGCUGUCAAGCCAUUAGUUAAACAGCUGAGAAACACAAGUUCUUUGUGCCAAGUGAAGGCAGCUAGUGCUUUAGAGGCACUGGCAGAAAAUAAUCCAGAUGCACAAGGGAUCAUAGAGAAGGCAGAAGCAGCAAAGCCAUUGAUCAGAUUGCUAAAGGUGUGGUCUAUUGAGGUCAAAGAACAAGCUGCUGGGGCCCUCUGGGCAUUAGCUGGAGCAGUUCACCUCCAACAGCAAGAAAUAGCAGGCUUGAUUGGUGUUAACAUACUGGUUGACAUGUUGAUGCUCAAGUCUGAGGUACUACAGUAUAUAAGUGGCAUGGCUAUGAUUGCAUUGGGCACAGAAAACAUAGAGAACCAGAAUAAGAUAGUAGCUGGAGGUGGAGUACAACCUCUAGUGAGGCUGUUACGGUCUGGAAAGACUUCAGAAAAGGUCCUGCUGAUGGUGAUUCGCGUGCUUGGGGUACUAUGUGUUGGUCCAGCACAUCAAUCCAACAAGUCUACCCAGGUAGAAAUAGCAAACGCUGAGGCCUUGAUAACACUGGUGCAUUUACUUAGGACAUCUAGGGUAUCACUGAUCCAGGUCGAGACAGCCAUCUGUAUUGGAAAAAUAGCCCUGAACAACACCACCACACAAAAGAUUCUAUCAGAGCAGACAAAGUUUCGAGUUGUUGACAUAAUGCACUUGCUGAAAGACCCCGACCAAGAGGUUCGCUUGAAGUCCGGCAUGGCUCUUGCUACUUUUGCCUACAAUAACACCACUCAACAAUAUGCCAUCAAGAAAGCUGGAGGUCUGCUGUUGAGCUCAUUUGAAGAGUUUCUGACAUCUCCUAAGCAGCUGCACCAGGCUCACGCUGCCUUCCAGAUCAUCGUUCUGGCGCGAGUGAUAGGAGACUGUGACCAAGUGACGCUUACAGCACGUGGAGUGGAGCUGUUGGUUUCCUUAUUGCGCUCAGAAGAACAGGCAACACAGAUACUGUCCGCUAGUCUGACAGCGAGCCUUGGUCACACAAGAGCAGGGAUCCCUGAUGCUCUGAUUACUGCAGGAGCUGUGGAAUCGCUUCUCAAAAGCUUGUUCUCUGAUAACGAAGGAGUGCGCAUAAGUGCAGCAGUAGCACUGGGAUACCUGUCAUUCAACCGCACUGCAGAGCGUUUAAUGCUGGUAGCAUGUCGCAAUACGCCUGGUCUCUAUGACAGUCUGUUGGCUAAUCUUGGUGGCGGGAAACUUUCCAUGAUAUUUAUUGAUGACUGGAAUGAAACCAAGGGCGUUGGACUUCCAUCAGAAAGUCUUGAAAUAAAUGGAGGACCACCUGUACCGAAGAAAGACGCACCUAGAGAAGUUCGCCGUCGUCCUCAUACUACCCAACCAUCAACACGCAGAGCCCGCAGGCAAGAAAUGUCUUCAAAGCGAAUUGCAUCCGCGCCCGUCAUGGACAGCUACAGGAACCAAGUCAAAGGUAAAGUUAUUCAAGCCAUGAAGACUACUUCGUCGAGCCGUAAAACAAUGUCACCUAGGUUGACCGAAGGAGAGUACGAUGAUCCUGUUGAGGCAGCAGCUGGCUUGUGGAAAACUAAACUACUAGCACACAGGCCAAACUUGGAUAAUAAGCUAAAGAAAAUGACCAUAAGUGAAAGUGUAGUAGAUUAAAAGUAAUGAAAGGGCCUCUAAAAAUACCCGACAUCUAAAAUCUGCAGUAAUUCUUUACAAAAAAAUGUAAUUCUAAGUUAUCAUUUUUAGCAUAAUUGUACAUAAUAGUAAUCAUAAGUUAUUGUGUUAAUUAUAAUAUAUAAAUAUGUUUUGCGCGUUAAUUAUCGUAGAAGAUAAUGUAGGGCAAGACUUGUACCGAAAGUUAAUUAGUUGAUUAGAAAAAUAACAGAACCAGAAUGGUAGGCAGUUGCGCACAUACAAUAGUAUUUCAGGAUUACGAUUAAGAUAGUUUGCGCACUCGUAAUGAGCUUUUAAGAUAGUUCAAGAUAUUUUAUAGGACUAGAAUACGAUGUCUAAUGUAAAUACACGCACAAGGAAAAGAAUAAUAAUAUACAUUGUGAAAUGCAUCCCGCUCUAAUAAUCUAGUUACAAGUAAGACAUGACACGACUUGACUAGAAUAUCUAGGUAUUUUUCAUAGUUUCCUAUACGUUAGUUCUAAUGUAAAUGCGCACACGUGUGAAACGGCCUUCCGUUCUUAUAACUUAGUUACAAGUGGGAGACAGAGACAAAACAUCGAGUUUUUCUAUUGUUCCAAUUCAAGCGCCGAAAACUUUAGUUAUUGCGUGAUCGAUGUUAAAUAAUUUUUAAAUCAAAGUUUUAGUCUAAUUUGCGUGGAAAAAUAAUUUUAAAAAAAUUUUUAUCGAUACUCUAAAGAACAAUUUAUACAAAUAAAGAAUAUUUAAAUACUGA